UCAGUGCAUUAGUUGAAUUAAAUAACCAUUUCUCGUUCCAUAUGGUAAAAAAAUGAAGUUCAAAAUAAUUUUUUUAACAUCCAUACUAGCAUUACAUUCGAGUAAUGCAAAACCGUUUCUAGGUUUUAAAUCCAAGCUUAGUGAAAUAAGUAAAAAACUUGGUCUCUCCGCUAACGUUGACGUAUCUUUCAAUCAUCAUGGGGGAGUCCUGGGAUCCGUAAAUAAGCAUUUUGGACUUGGUUUCAAUGUAGGAGCACAUUACGAAGCAUCUGGCCAUGGUCAUCGUGACGCAAAUGCUGAAUCAGGCUAUGAAAAUGAUAAUAAACACAAACAUGGCCACGAAAUAAAUGGUGGCUUGGAGUGGUCAUCUGGGCACAUUCAUCAGUCCUCUAGUGGACAUAGCCAGACUGGUUCUCAUCAUCAAUCAAGUAGCCAUGGACAUAAGCUUGAAGUUAAUGGUCAUUCUCAACAUCAUGGCGUAGUUUCGGGAAAUUUCAAGUUUGAAAAAAAUCAUCACGGUGGAAUCCAAGUUAAUCACCAGCACGAGCAUGAUUCCGGUAAUUCACGUGGCCACCACAAAGAUAUAAACAUUCAAUUUGGACACAAAGUAGAACACUCUCAUGAGCACAAGCGUGAGCAUUCACAUGGCCAUCACAAAGAUAUAAAUAUUCAACAUGGACAUAAAGUAGACCACUCUCACCAGCAUAAGCAUAAACAUUCAUAUGACCACAGCAAACAUAUAAAUAUCCAUCUUGGACACAAAGUAGAAAAUUCUAACGGUCAGCAGGUACAUCAACCGCAUAGCCAUGGCGGAAACCUUAAUAUUCAACUUGGACAUCAAGUAGAUCAUUCGAGUUCUAAUAAUGUCAAAGUACCUGUAAACCAUGGAGGUAGCGUUCCCGGUGGCCAUGAACAUAGCCAUGGUGUUUUUGUCAAUGUUCAUACCAAUCAAGUUCAUAAUGUAGUUAACAAACAAGAACUAGGUCAUAAAAUUGAGCAUACACAUGUUUCUGGAAAUCACGGGGGUAGUAGUAGUUCAAAUAUCGGUGUAAGUGGAAAGCCCGAGGAAGGUAAUCAUAUAAUUGUUAAGCCUUCUGGUAACUUAGGUGGAUUUCAGAACAUUCAUACAAAUCAAGUAAAGGAUGUUGUUAACAAGUUUGAACCAGGACAUAAAGUAGAACACUCUCAAAGUCACGGUGUCAAUGUGAACACACAACAUGGACACCAGGUGCACACCACGACGGAGCAACCGCACAGUCAUAAAGUAGACGUAUCUGGCAGUAGUGGCAGUUCAAAUAUUGGUGUAUCUGGAAAGCCCGAGGAAGGUAACCAUAUAAUUAUCAGACCUUCUGGUAAUUUAGGUGGUUUUCAGAACAUUCAUACAAAUCAAGUUAAAGACGUUGUUAACAAAUUAGAACCAGGAUAUCAUGUUGAACACUCUCAAAGUCACGGUGUUAAUGUGAACGUACAACAAGGACAUCAGGUACACAUCACGACGGAGCAACCGCACAGUCAUAAAGUAGAUGUUUCUAGCAGUCAUGGCAAUAGUGGCAGUAAUCAUAUCGGUAUUUCUGGUGGUCAUCAUUCUACACCUACGACUAAGCGACCGCAUAGUCAUAAAGUAGAUGUUUUUGGCAGUCAUGGCAAUAGUGGCAGUUUAAAUAUCGCUGUUUCUGGUAGUCAGGAACAAAACCAUGGAUAUGUUCCUAGUGGGAAUCACGUCAGAGACAUAGUUCACAAAUUUGUAACAGGAAUGAGCCAUCAUUCCACACCUACGACUAAGCGACCGCAUAGUCAUAAAGUAGACGUAUCUGGUAGUCAUGGCAGUAGUAGCAGUAAUCAUAUCGGUAUUUCUGGUGGUCAUCAUUCCACACCUACGACUAAGCGACCGCAUAGUCAUAAAGUAGAUGUUUCUGGCAGUCAUGGCAAUAGUGGCAGUUUAAAUAUCGCUGUUUCUGGUAGUCACGAACAAAACCAUGGAUAUGUUCCUAGUGGGAAUCACGUCAAAGACAUAGUUCACAAAUUUGAAGCAGGAAUGAGCCAUCAUUCCACACUUACGACUAAGCGACCGCAUAGUCAUAAAGUAGACGUUUCUGGUAGUCAUGGCAGUAGUAGCAGUAAUCAUAUCGGUAUUUCUGGUGGUCAUCAUUCCACACCUACGACUAAGCGACCGCAUAGUCAUAAACUAGACGUACCUAGUAGUCAUGGCAGUAGUAGCAGUAAUCAUAUCGGUAUUUCUGGUGGUCAUCAUUCCACACCCACGACUAAGCGACCGCAUAGUCAUAAAGUAGAUGUUUCUGGCAGUCAUGGCAAUAGUGGCAGUUUAAAUAUCGCUGUUUCUGGUAGUCACGAACAAAACCAUGGAUAUGUUCCUAGUGGGAAUCACGUCAAAGACAUAGUUCACAAAUUUGAAGCAGGAAUGAGCCAUCAUUCUACACCUACGACUAAGCGACGGCAUAGUCAUAAACUAGACGUACCUAGUAGUCAUGGCAGUAGUAGCAGUAAUCAUAUCGGUAUUUCUGGUGGUCAUCAUUCCACACCUACGACUAAGCGACCGCAUAGUCAUAAAGUAGAUGUUUCUGGCAGUCAUGGCAAUAGUGGCAGUUUAAAUAUCGCUGUUUCUGGUAGUCACGAACAAAACCAUGGAUAUGUUCCUAGUGGGACUCACGUCAAAGACAUAGUUCACAAAUUUGAAGCAGGAAUGAGCCAUCAUUCCACACCUACGACUAAGCGACCGCAUAGUCAUAAAGUAGACGUAUCUGGCAGUCAUGGCAAUAGUGGCAGUUUAAAUAUCGCUGUUUCUGGUAGUCACGAACAAAACCAUGGAUAUGUUCCUAGUGGGAAUCACGUCAAAGACAUAGUUCACAAAUUUGAAGCAGGAAUGAGCCAUCAUUCCACACCUGCGACUAAGCGACCGCAUAGUCAUAAACUAGACGUAUCUAGUAGUCAUGGCAGUAGUAGCAGUAAUCAUAUCGGUAUUUCUGGUAGUCAUCAAUCAACACAUUCAGACGGAAUAAGCCUAGAAAGUGAUACACGUCCAAAUUCUAAUGAGCAUAGCCAUACUUUACUACAUAAUCCGGGUGCUGAAAGUAUUUAUCGAAAAGGAAUAAAUAUUGGAGGUUUUAUUGAGAAACUUAACCAAAUAGUAAUCAAAUUUGGACAGGAAAAACAAAGCCACUUAGCAGAAAAGGUUAAAACACUAGUUACACAUCUCAAACCACACUCGAGCAGUGUUCAGAAUUCGGCACAGCACGGUCACAGCGGCAGCCUAAGUAUCCCCGUAAACGGUGGGCAUACUGACCAAGGCUCUGUGAGUAUAGGCGGUAGCCACAUCAAGAACAUCGUGUCGAAACUAGAAUCUAAGAAGCCCAGUAAGCCUGCAGUCAAUUUUAAUCAUCACUCUUCACACAGUGGAGGAAUCAACUUUGAUAUUAAGAAAAAUGUCAAACAUAAUUCUGGAAUUUCUGUCGCAAGCGAUGUACCUAAAGGAGUUCUCAGCGUUUCAGGUAUAUUGAAACAUGUGAAAGGUUCACAAUCCUUAGAACACAACUCUGGGGAUAGUGCACAAGUAACAUAUUGGAAACAACGAAACUCUCCACAAAGAAUCAAAUUUCAAAAGGACACAGUAAGUUUGUUAGGCAACCGUAAAAAGAGUAUUGCAAAAGGUGGUGUCGCUGCAAAUGGUCAAUUAUUACCUGCAGAUUGGAGUUACACUAAAAACCUUAAAAGUCAGCAAGCAGGCAAUGACGUAGUGCGAUUACACGCCCCUCAAUUUAAGCGUAAGUUGCAGCUUUUUGGACACACUUUACUUAAUGGUGGUGCAGAUGUUGUGAAAGUAGCUCAUCCUAUUGGCGUUCCGAUAAAGCAAGGUGGUGAGCAGCAGAUAAACGUUUCUGGAAGUAAACAAACCAGCGGUUCUUUGAAUAUUGGCUUAUCCAGCGGACAUUCUCAUCAAGCUGCAGGUGCUCUUAACAUCAUCGCGAAUGGUGUCAAAGAUGCAGUUUCAAAACUAGAAAAAUCAGGUCAUAUCGAUGUAUCUGCUAAUCAUCAAACGACACACUCUGGUGGUCCUGAUGUAAGCCACAAUUUUGGUCUUAGCUCAAAUGGUCAAUGGCAAAUUAAUGUCUCAGGCAGUAACAAACAGGAAUCUUCGAAAGUUUUCUUUGAAAAAAUAACGCACGUUUACAAAAAAGUUGAACAAUCCGUUGCUAAUUCUGGCAUUGCCGUUCAUGGUGCUAUAUCUGUUUCUGGAGGCCACGAACAUAACCAUCAAAGCUCUGCAAACUCAGGUGGACAGCAUGUGAAAGAUAUCACUGCAAAAUUUGAUAACCAUCAAGGUUCUACAAACUCAAAAGGACAACACGUGAAGGAUAUCACUGCGAAAUUCGAGCAUCAAAGCUCUGACAACUCAGGUGGACAGCAUGUGAAGGAUAUCACUGCGAAAUUAGAACAUCAGAGCUCUGCGAACUCAGGUGGACAGCAAGUGAAGGGAAUCACUGCGAAAUUCGAGCAUCAAAGCUCUGCGAACUCAGAUGGAAAACACGUGAAGGAUAUGACUGCCAAGUUCGAUCAUGCGAACUUGGGAGGACAACACGUGAAGGAUAUGAGUGUCAAAUUCGAUCAUCAAAGCUCUGUGAACUCAGGUGGACAACACAUUAAGGACAUGAUUGCCAAAUUCGACAAACAUCAAAGUUCUGGCAGCUCAGGUGGACAACACGUGAAGGAUAUCAGUGCGAAAUUCGAAGGUCAAAAAUCUGGCCACCUUUCCGUCUCCGGAGGUCAUCAAUCUUCUCAAUCUGGUGGAAUUAAGAUUCAUCAUUCUAGCGAGCACAACGUUCAUGGAUCCACUGAGCAUGGGGGAAGCUCUCACGCUCAUGUUGAGGUUUCAGGAAAUCAUGGUGGUUUUGUUAGCGGAUUUUUCAAUAAGUUGCAUAGCGUGGGUAAAAAAUUACACGAUAACGUAUCAAAUAUUGGAGUUGGUAUUUCACUGCAUGGUCAUGGCUCUGGAUCUAAUUCUCAUGGGUCAUCUCAUGAGCACAAUGGAGGCUUGAACUUUGGCGCUCAUAGUGAAUCUUCCGGAGACUCGCAUUCUCAUGGAUCUUCCCAUAGCGUUAAUAAAAAUAUCGAAUUUGGCAUUCAUCAUGGGUCGUCUCAUUCAGACGGUCACCACAGUGACGAGGGAUAUGAAAGUGGAGACUCACAUUCUCAUGGGCAUGGUUUUAAUAAGAAUAUAGAGUUCGGCAUCCACCGUGGAUCAUCACAUUCUGGAGGUUCCCAUAGCAAAGGUGGAUUUGGAUUGAAUUUUGGGCUUCAUAAACAAUCAUCUGGACAUGGCUUGUUUGGUUUGAAUAAGCAUUUAUUAUGGAAUGUCAGCAAGUCAAAAUAGAUGGCAUUAUGAUAAAAUUUAAACAAUAUCAAGUUUUUGACUAGAAUAGUUGCUUUUUUCUUAUAACAGGUGAUAAUUUACAUUAUUUAGAAUAUGCGUAAAAUACACAUCUAGAAACUUUGUAAUUUUACUUCACUGUAACGUUGAAUUUACGUCGUUAAUAAAUUUGUAAUUGGUAAAAUGAAUUAUAUAAAAUCUUCAUUUUUACGUUAUAUAUCGUAUUUCAAAUUAUUUUCAGGUUGUUCAUAGAGUUUUGUACCAAUAAAAAUAUUCGUUUUAAAAUA